CCUAUGAGGUAAGCAACCUGAGGUAGGGUUGCUAUGGAGAAAGGUAACGAGCAGGUCAUGAAAAUUGACAGUGAUCAGAUCAUACACCUUGAUUACAGAGAUUUUGGACGUUGGAAGGUUGAAAAGUUUGCUCGUUAUGUUAGCAACCUACUGCUCGCCCGUCGAAAUGUAGACUUGCACACAUUCUAUCUACAUUGGGAUCCUCAUGUUCCCCUGAAUUGCAAUGAUCUCAGAUUGUGGAUUCGCUAUGCGGUGAAUCAUAAUGUUAAAGUGCUUGAUGUGGAACUUUGUCUGUAUGAUAAGACUAAUUUACCUCCUGGCAUUUUCACCUGCCGCUCACUUCAGGAGCUAAAUUUGCAGUGGGGUGGAGCUCCUUAUCGAGAUUAUGAACAUAAGGGACUUGUGCUGCCUGACAUAAUCAAGCUUCCUUCUCUAAAAAAAUUGACUCUACGUGAUGUGGAAGUGGAUGAGCUUUCUCUGAGCAGUUUCACUGACCGGAGCCCUGGCCUAGAAGACUUGCAUUUGAUAGAUUCUGUAACGUAUCUUAAACGCAUAGCUUCAAAAGCACUAAAAAGGCUGACACUUGAUGGUUCCAUGUAUGGAUUUGAGAGCCUUGAAAUUUCUGCCCCUCAUCUCAUUAGCUUUGAGUGCACAGGUUGUUCACUGAAUGAUAUUUCCUGGAGAGACCAGCCAUCCCUAGAGAGAGCACGCAUAGAUACUUGGGGGCCUACAUUUUGUGAUGAAUCUAGGUUCACAGAGGUUCUUGUGUAUGCCAAAGAACUUGCAUUAUUUGGUUCUGACAUAAAGGUUAUGCUGGAAAAGGAGCUGCCUACAUGUUCAGUGUUUCAGAACCUUACAACUCUUGAACUUGGUAGAUGGGAUUUAACCAAGGACUUGUACGCCGUGCUUCGCUUUCUGCAGCUUUCACCAAGACUUGAAGAACUAACUUUGAUGCAUGGACCGCCUGACAAAGGAGCAGAAACAGAUGGUAUGCCAACUGACGGGGUGACCUUCCAAUGCCCACUCCUUGGAAGUGUCAUCAUUCAGUGUUCAGAGGGCGACGUUGGAAUUGAUAAGUUGGUGAAUGCUCUGGUAGCGAACGGGAUUAGUUCAGACAAGAUAACGGUUACUUCGUGUGAAGAUAUAAACAACAAGGCUCAUGCUGAGAAGAUCCGUGCCGAAGAGGAACGGCCGAAGAAGAGGGUGAAGGAAAAUCCAGAAUGGGAAGAUGAUGACCCCAGCAGCGAGCAGAGUGACCCCGACAGCGAGCAGAGUGGCGGUGACAGCGAAAAGAGUGACCCUGAAAGCGACGAAUCCGACGAUUUUGAUGACUUUUGAGGAGUACCAUGAAAUUUGUUGAUCCCUGCAGGGUUACUUUUUACCCACCAAUAGUAGCCCUUUUGUUCACAUUCAUCUUUGAUCA